AUGCGGUUCAUUCCGCCUGGUGAUUUCCCACGAAAAAACCUGCAAAUCACCAAACAUGAUGGAGUUCACGUCGACGAUGUCAGAGGUCAUGAAGACGCACUUUCGUUUGAGAAAAACGGCUUCUUCCUAAUGAAGCUUGACGAACUGAUGCAGAUUGAGGAUUUCGACCGAAUGGACCUCAUUACAUCCGUGUACUUGCCACAGGUUGCCGAGUGCCUCAAGAAGCGCCUUGGCGCCAGUCGAGUUCAAGUCCACGACUACUUGGUGCGCAAGAGUCAUUCAACUUUCCCCAUCUCGACGGGCAAGCCUUACAAGUGGGAACAGCCUGCCACCCUCCUUCACAUAGUCCCUGAAAGCACUCUACUAGACUCUACCCCUGAGGGCACUCGACAAAUUGUGCAGGACUUAAAUAAAGACGGCAGCUCUCUGGUGAAGAUGAGAUACCAAUACGUCACUGUUUGGAAACCCAUACGGGGCCCAGUCACAAGAUGGCCACUAAUGAUGGGAGACACGUCGACAGUCGACGCCGAUCACGACCUAGAGGCUCGAGACAUGGUCUAUUAUGGCAAUGUUGUGGAUACUCACCUUGUAUACAAGUCAGAGGCUCACAGGUUCAUGUACUUGAGCGACCAGCAAUCCAGUGAGGCGUGGGUCAUGUUGCAAUCAGAUUCCAGUGGUCUCACCGGUACUCCGCAUACCGCCUUUCCCAACCCAACAGCUUCCGAUGCUGACCCCGGACGUGAAAGCAUCGAAGUUCGAACAUUGGUGUACUACAAUGAGUGA